UUCUUAGUGGGAUCACCCACUUCUUUAGUACUUUUCAAAUUCUUUCCUUUCACACAAAUUAUAAAUAUUUUGAUUUUUCAAUACCAAAAAUAUUUUUUAACUAGCUCUAUAGAGUUAUUUAAUUAGGACUACUACUAACAACAUGUUUCUUAAUUUUCUUCCAUUUCAUGGCAAUAAAUUCAAAUGAAAUAGUAAUAUAGAAACAUAACACAUAUAUAUACUCUGUCUCAUCAAAUAUAUAAUGCAAAAGCAUUAACAUAAAGUUUCAUUAACCUUAUGGAAGGUGUAUUUUCCCUUCCUAUAGCAAUCAGAACAGAUUUUAUCCAUUCUCUAAUGCAAUCUCUUGGAUGCUCUUACAUUUGUCUUUGGACAUAUGAUACCAUAUUCCCAAAUCGUUUGUCCUUCUUGGAUGGUACCUACAAUGUAAUAAACAAUCAACCAAGCUCUUCUUUAGGAAGUGUAGCACAACAUCUUUUUAAUCAAUACAAGAUCUUAUCAUUUGAUGUCAAUGAUGACCGUGUUCCUGGACUUGCUUUUCGGAAUCAAUGUCCUUACUUGGAGUUGCAACAAUUAGAACUUCUAACAUUGUCAUCAAAAGAAAUACAAACACAAUUUUAUCAGGAAGCAAGGAUUAAGAGUGCUGUUUUCAUGGGGUGCAACAAAGGAGAAAUUGAGCUGGGUUUCUUAGAUAUGUCUCAAGUUGAUAUUCAAACAGCACUUAGGGGUUUAUUUCCUGAAGAUUUUUCUAGACAACAACAACAACAAAUCGAUCAUCAAAAUAAUCCACUUUCAUCAUCUUCAUCUUCAAUGAGAUCACUAUCAACAGGUAGUCCUGAAUAUUCAUCACUAAUAUUCAACAACAUUAAUCCAGGAACAUCUUCACCUAGUUUUCCUGAAAAUACCCUUCCACCAAUGAGACCAAUUUCAAACACACCCCUUCAACUUCAACUUCAACUCCAACAUCAACAAUUGACUCAUCAAAUCACACAAACACAAUUCCCUACAACAACACAAAUUGAUCAUGAAACAAUUAUGAGAGCAAUUCACAAUGUUCUAACUUUACCUUCUCAUCAUCAAAAUGAACAAAAUAAUUGGCCUUAUGGAAUGCAUUUAGAAGCUAGUGGAUUUGGAAGAUAUAGAGGUGGUGAUAGAAGUCCUAAUAUAGGAUCAAAUUUUAGAAGACAAAGUUUGAUGAAGAGAUCAUUUGCAUUCUUUAGAAGUUUGAAUUUUAUAAGAUUGAGAGAAAGAAAUCAAGCAGCGACUCGUCCUUCUAAUAACCAACUUCAUCAUAUGAUUUCGGAGCGAAGAAGGCGCGAAAAGCUUAAUGAUAAUUUCCAUGCACUUAGGACUUUACUACCUCAAGGAACUAAGAAAGACAAAGCUUCCAUUCUUAUAACUGCAAAGGAGACAUUAAGGUCAUUGAUGGCUGAAAUAGAUAAAUUAAGCAAAAGAAAUAAGGAUUUAAUGUCACAAUUACAAGCCAAAGAAUUAUCAACUACAACAACUCAAGAAAUUACCAAAGCUAGCAAUUUCUCAUCAAAUGAAAGAUUAAAUGUGAGAGUAUUGCAUGUACCGGAAUCAAGCACAUCAUCAUUAGAAAAUCAACCUAUGGUGGACUUGCAAGUGAAUGUGAUGGGACAAAUUUCUCAAGUUGAUAUUUUGAUUAGAUUAUUGGAAUUCUUAAAACAAGUUCAACAUGUCAACUUGGUUUCAAUUGAUGCAACAAACACAAAUAAUGCACAAGUUAAUUCCAUUCAUCAAUUAACCUUCAGGCUAAUGAUUACUCAGGGAAGUGAAUGGGACGAGGGUGCCUUCCAGGAAGCAGUGAGAAGAGUAGUUGCUGACUUUAUACAAUAUGUGGACCAAAAUCUAUGAUCAACUCAAAUCACAUGUUGUUAUAAUUUUUUUUUGUCAAAUUGUUAUAUAAUCUUUACUUAUAUAUAUUAUGCACCAGUCAAAAAAAUUAUAUAUAUUAUGCGGCGGCAGCAAAUUAAUCGUUAAUGUUAUGUCUAAGCCAAUUCACUGCCCACCAUGUAUUACUUCUGAUUAAUUUUUUUGAUUAAGUGUGAUAUAUUUUUUUAUAUAAUUAAA